ACUUUCGGUGGUGCCUUGAAAUACAGCGGUGAAGACCGUGGAAAGGUCCGUUCAGAAGAAACUUUUUUCUCCGAAUUUUUUUGAAAGAUGAUGUCCUCCAUGUUGGGCUUGUUGGUUCUUGCAAGCAUCAUAGGACGGGUUGAGCUGAUCACAGUCAGUACGCCGUUCAAAUCCAUCAACGUUACAGUGGGUGGUAGUGUCCUCCUCCAGUGUGAGUUUGAGACUAUUGCGGACACCUCCGGCCUCACCAUCCAGUGGGACUUUAUGUCAUCAGCUGCCCCACAGCAGAUCUAUUACUAUCAGUCAGGAAAGGACGUCAUUUCCAAACCGUAUGAGGGCAGAAUCCAACCUCCCUCCUCGCCAGGCCCGAACAAAAACGCCUCGAUAACAAUACACAAUAUGCAGCCAUCAGACAGUGGAUAUUACACCUGUGAGGUUCACAACUUCCCUGAUGUGAACGGAAAGUCUCAGGUCAAUAUCGCUGUGAACGUGCAUGAGAGGCCCUCUCCUCCUUACUGCGCCGUCCACGGUGACGUUGAGUCGGGUCACCUGGUAACUCUAACCUGCCACAGUGAGCUUGGAAGCCCGACACCAACAUACACCUGGACCAAACUGGACCAGGCUAAGACCAGGAUGCCUGUUCUGGGACAAACAAGCCCAGCUGGAAUAUUGAAAAUCACAAACAUUUCCCAGUUUCAAUUUGGGGAGUACCAGUGCAACGCGACAAAUUUUGCCGGUUUUUCAGUCUGCACCAUAGAGCUGACUGCCGAAGUGGGAGAUGGAGUGAUUGCUGGUGCAGUGAUUGGUGCGUUACUCGGGUGCCUGCUCAUCAUCCUGGUCGUGUGGUUCAUCGCUCACACGGUGAAGAGGCAUAGAUACAAAGCAGUGAAGGCGCCAGAGGCCAACGAGAUGAAGGGGAGCUCUCGCACGACCCAGGAAGCCACUGACAGCGUUCCCACGGCAACCACAGCCGGAAACCUCCAGGCUGGGGGAGAUGAGCCAGAGGCCUAGAACGAGACCUGCUGAGAACAACUGGAGCGACGUCACUUAUCUGAACAGCAGGGUGUCCAGGAAGUUCAGGCCUGAACAUACGUCAUUCUCAGAUUCAAUAAAUACCAUAAAUGAUAUUGCAUGCUGUGUAUUUACCAUACAGUCUUUUACUGCUGUGUCACUCUUACCAUUUGUGUUUACUCUCAGCAUCUUUAUACCAUGUUUUCUUGUCAUCGUUUUUUUUUGUUUUUAAAGUGUGACAAUCGUUGUAUCUGUUUUUAAAUAUGCUUUAGGCUAUACUCUAUGGUAACCAAUCUUUGAAUUUAUUUCACGAAUCAAUACAUAAAUACAUUUCUGUUUUACAAUGCUGAUAUGAUGAGGUCAGAGUUGGAGUCUGCAUUGUGCAAAUUGCAGGUUGAUUGGUGCUGUCGCUCAAAUAACUGCAGCAGUCUGCAACAGACUCACUGUAUGUCUUUGUCUUUCUUCUACAUGUCUUACACACAUCUUUGGUUUUGAACCUUGAAACAAAAAUAAUCAAAUAAAGGUUUUCAAAUGAUAAAAUAUCAAAAUUUAGAAUCACAAUGCAAUAUUUUACAGUUGAUAGAUAUCACAAACUAAUCCCUGAAGAGAAGGAUGAAUGGGAUCCUAGUCUUUUAUUAAUUGUUGUUAAGUGACACAAGUUAUCGGGCAACUGUAAGUGAAGGUUUUUAUGCAUUAAGAUUUACAGAAUUUGAUGAAAAUAAAAUGUUGUGUUUUAUGA